AUGAAUAAAGACCUGCGGAGAAGGCGGUGCGAGGAGCGCGGCGGCCGGGCUGAGGCGUGCGCGCUCGCGUCCCGGAGGCGCCCGGCCGCCCCGGCCGAUGGGGGCCGCCCUUCCCCGGGGGCAGGGGGGCAGGGGCGCGGGGAACCCGGCGGUGCGGAGGGAGGAGGAAGCGACGAGGUCAGAGGAAACCCAAGACUCCUGGGGCACCAAAGGGCUUCCCGCAGUCGGGAUGAGCCCUGGGGAGGAGCCUUUCGCGAGAACGUGAGCGCGCCCCAACACGCCUCAGACCUCAUAAACCCACUUGGCAAAGACCGGGGAAGCGGCUGGCGGACCGACUGCGGUGAACUCAAGAAAUUAACCUGCGCUGCAAUUAAACGGGCUGCCGCCCUUUCAGACUCACCUCGAGCGACCGUGAUAGCUCCCGAACCGGCCGCGGGGGGACCUGGCUCCUCCCUCCCGUCCCAGGAGAAGAGGACAAAAAGGGGAGAUGGACUUGGAGAUGGCCCCGCCCUUAAAACGCUCCAAUCCUUGGAAACUAAACCUCCUCUCCAAGCCUCCACGUCUAGAAGGGACAAAGGCAGCGAGGAGAUCCAGAGACCGAUGGGGGAGAUAGGUGGCUUUCGGGCUUCUCAAGUGGGUGCUUUGGGCGAAAGGUACAAUGGCCGAGUUUCCAUUCCAAAUACAGGAUCGUCUUUAGAAGACCAUCUUCUGGUUUAGAAGCAAAUUGACUUACCAAAGCCGUGAAGCAAACUACUGCAAAACUCCCGCAUUGCCCUGCUUUUUGAAUGUGGAGGGCUAAAAUUUCAGUUAACGAUGCCAUACACAAAUUUUUCGACUUUUUUU